AUGGAUGAUGGAUAUCCUUAUAAGGAUGAAAUGGUCAUCAGUUUCGAAGACAAUUUGGAUUUGGAGAAGUGUUUUGAAAACAAAAUCGUGUUGGUGGAACUCCUCAUUAUUGAUAACAAACCUCCUCAAUCCGUAAUCAAAGAAGACUUACGAGCAACAUGGAAUACCAUACGAGUGGUGAAAGUUAUCAAGGGGAAAGAGAAUAUCUACUCCAUAUUCAUAGCUGAAGAAGGAGUUGCCCAACAAUUGUCGAUGGGAGCUCUUGGUUCAUCAAAGAGUACACAUUCACAGUGA